GUCUCCCAGCAACUCUCACAUAGUUGAAUAGUGUUGUAUCAGUGUCCUACGAUUUCACGCUAUCAUCUCACCAACCUGGAUAUUCCAUUGUCCAUUAUUCCAUCAAUGCCAGUACCACUCGAUCAGUCCGGAUGUGAACAUCACAGUGAGCCACGCUAUUAUCCAGUAGCAUCUGAAUAUCCGUGCACAUCAUCGCCGUGAUUCCACUCGAGGUAUUGCAUUCUGGCGCAACCACGACAUCGACGACCAAGGGGGAUAUGGCAUCAACAAGGAAAAUGGCCGCUGGCAAUGACAGGAGGCCUAAUGUUGUUGAGGAUCGUGCGCGUGGCAGUAAUUCGUUGAGGGGUAAUACCUGGAGCGAAGUGUCUGACAGUGCUGAUGAACAUGAGCACAGUCCAUUUGCUGAUAGAGCUGCUAAUGUUGCUAGGGAUGGAGUUCUUGAUCAGCCCCACUAUGACGCCAUCGUCUACGCCGAGGACAAGAUGCGUCGUCGUCUACGUUUUUUCUUCAUGAAUCCAGUGGAGAAAUGGCAGGCAAGACGUCGUGUACCCUACAAAUUCAUCGUCCAGGUGAUAAAGAUCAUCCUAGUCACCGUACAGCUGUGUCUCUUCGCUCACAACAAUUACAUGCACGUUAACUACACAUGGGACAACAGAAUUGCUUUCUCCCACUUAUUCCUGAUGGGCUGGGAUGCCACCCAAGAGGUACCAGCAUAUCCCCCAACAACAGCACCACUGGCUCUCUACAAACAAGAUGAUUUUUACUCAACACUUGAUUAUGCGUUAAGAGGAUAUUAUAAUCUCAGUAAUGCCAUUGGAUCGUACUCAUACACUGAAGAGGAUAAUUCAAUAGGCCGAGUUGAUCUCUGUCUGUAUCAGUACAAAGAGGGAACAAUAUUUGGUUUUAAUGAGAGUUAUGUGUUCAAUAAUGAGAUUGAAAAAAAUUGCAUUCAAAUUAAUCACACGUUCCAGGGAGACUCGCAAAUUGAGACGAAAAAAUUACUGAUUGAUAAGGAUAUUGUCAUUAAUUUUUCGGCUCUGGUAAAGGCAGAUUUGCAAUUUGCGGUUAAAACUGUUAAUUUAAAAGCAGCGGGACCUAUAACACCGCCUGAUUGCUAUCAAUUUGACGUCAAGAUUUUACUUGAUAAUAGUGAUUUUGAUGGACAAAUGCUGCUAUCUCUUGAUGCGGAACCAAACAGGCUGCAAUGCAAAGGUGAUACCAGAUAUAUUACUGAUAAUAGGAUUGAUUCUGCAUUGAGGACACUUCUUAAUCUCUUCGUUAUAUUCAUAUGCGCGGUUUCAUUGGGUCUGUGCUCAAGAGCUAUCUACAGGGCACAGCUGCUCAAGUUUGAAACUAUUAAUUUUUUUAAGAAGACUUAUGGCAAGGCUUUGAGCCUUGAGGGACGACUGGAGUUUCUCAACAUGUGGUACAUCAUGAUUAUUAUCAAUGAUAUGCUUAUCAUGCUGGGAUCGGCCAUCAAGGAGCAGAUUGAGAGGAAGUACUUUGGCAGCGAUCAUUGGAAUAUAUGCAGUAUUUUUCUAGGAACUGGAAAUCUCCUCGUGUGGUUUGGAGUCUUGAGGUACCUCGGUUUCUUCAAGACAUACAACGUCGUCAUCUUGACUCUGAAGAAAGCAGCUCCCAAGGUCGCACGUUUCCUAGUCUGCGCCAUAUUGAUUUAUGCUGGGUUUACUUUCUGUGGAUGGCUCACCCUCGGACCCUAUCAUCUCAAAUUCAGGAGUCUGGCCACCACAUCGGAGUGCCUAUUUGCUCUCAUAAAUGGCGAUGAACUGUUCGCCACAUUCUCCAUAACUUCAUUCAAAUCUCCACUUCUCUGGUGGUACUCGAGGAUUUAUCUCUACACUUUCAUAUCGCUUUAUAUCUACGUGGUGCUGAGUCUCUUCAUCUCCAUUAUCAUGGAUGCUUAUGACACCAUCAAGCUGUACUAUCGCGAUGGAUUUCCCAAGAAUGAUCUUCAGGCAUUUAUUGCUGUAUGCACUGAUGAGGCGUCCAGUGGUGUUUUUCGAACGGAAUCCGGUGACACUAAUUUUAGUGAACUUUUUGGAAAACUCUGUUGCUGUCGAAAAAGACCCUACGGGUCUUUUUCAGGGUCUACAAAUUCAGGUGCAACAGCUAAACCCGAUGAAAACUGCGGCGCAAUCUGUAUAUAGUAAGUUAAUUGAGCGUCCAGGAACUGGGAAAUAUUAUGGAUCAAUUUAGAAUAAGGGAGACGUACGAAGAAAUUUUAUAGAAAAAUCUAAAAUUCGUUUUUUUAUACUAAUUGUGUGAGAGAUUGAGUUUUACUGGUUUUUUAUAUAAAAUAUAUUCCAUCUGGGGAAACAAAUAAUGGAAUUCUUGAUGGAAGUGCAUGAGAAAUGUAGUCAAAUUUCGUAUUGAAUUUGUGACGUUUUUCUGUGAUUUUUCUUCGUACGAUGAACUUUUUGUAUUUUGGAAAAUUGCUUUUGGGUGAAUGGUACAGUGUUCGGGUAUGGAAUACUAAUGAAUCAAUUAAUAUUGACAAGGUCAGAGGGGAAAUCGUAUUCAAAUACUUUUGCACACCUUGAUAUUUUUUUAAUGAAACAUUCUGUUUUUUUUUAAUAACCGAGAUUUAUUGAUUUGUCUUUUAAUUGGCGUUCAUUUCAUUAGCCAUUUGAAAUUUUUAUAAAAUACAGUCAUAAAUUCAAUUUUUAAUAGCUGAAACCCUAGAUCACAGGUUCUUGAACAACAAUAAUUAUUAAAUGUUUUUUACUUUGACAUUUAUUAUUAUAUCCAUCUCCAAUUCCAAUUGGAUUCAAACCAAUAUAAUUUUGUGGUUUAAAUUCACGAAUUUUCAACAACUAAUUCCGCUUUUUCUUUUUACGUUCGUAAAAAUCUAAAAAAAUCUGCGGAAUCACCUGUGGAAAAGCCAAAGACACAUAAAUUGUAAAAAUACAUUAUGAUUAUUAUUAUCUUUAAUCCCAACCUGUAUGUUGUCAGCUUCAAUUGGAUUUAUUGUGGACAAAAUGCGGAAUUUAAAAGUCAAAUAAUAAAGCGCCUGAUAUUUUUUAAUAGGCAACUGCCAAUUUAUUUUCAUAUUUAUCAUUAAAAUUGAUCUAACACUGCGUUCAAGGCUUCCACCAUAAUACCAUUCAUCCAUAACAAAUAAAAUUGUAAAAACUGCCAAAUGGACUGCAUUUACAUCUCCCUCAUUUACGAUAUUAUGGAGCGAGUAAAUAGUAUUCAGUUGCAUGAAUAAAUGUGAUAUUAGGACAAAAAUGAAUGAUAAACAAUGCAUCGCUAAUUUUGUAAAUGCGAUGUUUAUUUCGAUUUAUCUGGGAAUAAGAGAUUGUUGGAGACAAUAAAUCCGUGGAAUAUUUCGGCCUUGGUGAGGAGAAACAGUAAUAUUGUGACACGUGUAUUUUGUAAUUAAUUGCAAUCACUUGAUGAUCACAAAAUACUUCCCUCUGUAGCACAAAAUAUGUAAAAAAAAUUAAUGCAGUCUGUGUUUGUUACGAUCAAUUGAGAAAAAGGUCUUGCUAGACUUUGACGAUGACCAAUUAUAGGUGCUACAUGAGGUCUGUGAUACGGCAGCAAGAGCUGGGGAACUUGAUAUUUCAAUAGGUAAAUUCAGAAAAAUAUUAUUUAAAGGCCAUUGUUGAGGUUGAUUUUCGACUGGAUUUUUUUUCUUUUGCGCGAAAAGAUGUGAUGAACCACGAGAAUUAUUCAGGGAUGGCCGGAUUAUCGAUUUUUUAUGAACAUUUAGAGCUGAAAUGUUCUCCAGUUUUUAUAAAAUGACAUGCCAACCUCACCUUAUUGAUGGAAUUUACUUAUCGUUAUAUCUCGUAUCACAAACCCAAUGAUAAACAAUCUUUUUUAUACGUGAUGAUAUCGCAGCCCGAUUUCAUUAAUUUCAUAGACAGAAAUUUAUUUAUUUAUAUUUGUUUGUUAUCUGUAGAGAGACAUGACGAGAGAUAAUCGUAUGAAUUAUAUUUUCAAAAUACAGGCAGUUUGAAUUGUUACCAUAAUGUUUUAUUUUGUAUUAUCUCAGUUGUAUUUAGUGUGAAUUUUGUGUGAAUAAACAUAGAACACUUGGA